ACAACAACAGACACACUACAGCAGACACACAACAGCAGACACACAACUACAGACACACAACUACAGACACACAACAGCAGACACACAACUACAGACACACAACUACAGACACACAACAGCAGACACACAACUACAGUGAGGCAGAAGUGUCCAUGUUCUGCAGGAUUCACUUGGACAGAGGUUUUAUUUUGGAUCAGGUGGAGCGUUUUGUCACAGGUGGAGCGUUUUGUCACAGGUGGAGCGUUUUGUCACAGGUGGAGCGUUUUGUCACAGGUGGAGCGUUUUGUCACAGGUGGAGCGUUUUGUCACAGGUGGAGCGUUUUGUUCUUAAAGUGAAACGUGACGAGUGGAGGAGCUGCUCCUGAACCAGCAAAGAGCAUCUGGGACAGUGGAUGACAUGCGUGGGCUGGAGGAACAGAGCCGGAGUGCUCCUGGCUCUGCUGCAGACCACCACACUGAAGAAGAGGAGGAGGAGGAAGGGGGAGAGGAAGCAUCACUGAGCAAUGAACUGAGCUCUGAUGAAGACUUUGACACAGACUUGGAGCAGGGAGAUGACGCUCCGUACGAUCCCACGGGACGGCGCUGUUACCUGGAGGUGUGCGGGAGGCUCGGGGUGGUCCCAGACUCCUACUUCCUGCAGCACAUGAGAGACAGUGAGCUGGUCAUGAAGCACCGCGGCCUGGGACCCAAGGGCACCAAAGCACUGGCGGUUCCCCUGGUAACCAACACUUCAAUUCUGAAUCUGAACCUGCGAGAUAAUUGGAUGGAAGGACGGGGCGGAGCUGCGAUCGCCCAAAUGCUGAAGGAGAAUUGUUACAUUACAGACGUGGACGUGUCUCAUAACGGGCUGGGGGACGAGGGGGCAUGUGCCAUGUCCCGUAUGUUGAAGGAGAACAACACCCUGACUCACCUCCGUUUGUCCAAUAACGGCAUCACGGACCUCGCCGCAGAUGACCUGACUGCAGCUCUGGUCACCAACAGCAAACUGCAGCAUCUGGACCUGAGCCACAACGACCUGGGGGACGCAGCAGGGCAUCACCUCAGAGACGGACUGUCUGAGAACACAGGACUGAGACGUCUGGAUCUGUCCUGGAACUGCAUCCGAGGCAGAGGAGCCGUGAUGUUAGCCAAUGGCCUCGCGGGAAACAUUUUCCUCAGAUCAGUGGACCUGUCCUUCAACGGUUUGGGCAAAGAAGGAGCCGUGGCCCUGGGGCAGGCGCUGAAGGAGAACAGUGUUUUAGAGGAGCUGGACAUCAGUAACAACCGCAUCCCCCCUGAAGGAGUCAUCCGCCUCGCCGUGGGCCUCAGAGCAAACAAGACCAUCAAAUCCCUGAACGUGGGAAGGAACCCCAUCCAGAACGCCGGCUGCUACGGUCUCCUCAAGUCAAUUUCCGACAACAAAGACUCAGCCGUGGAGUUAUUGGACCUUUCGGACAUUUUCGUGAACCAGGACUUUGAAGAUCUGUUGGAGUCAAUGCGAGACACAUUUCCAGUUCUUGUAGUAAAACGUGGAAGGAAAUUUGCUGCAUUUUGCCGUGUUAAAAGUGACAAAACUUCUUGAUCGCCAAAGAAACUGUAGGAUGUGACUCAAAAUUAAACAUGCAAACUG